AUGAAUAAUAUCAUAAUCUUCGACAUCAAUUGGAAUAAUAUUACAGUCGGUAUUGCAGGUUCAAGUGAGCCAGCUGCAAAAUAUUUCCCGAAGGAUCACAAAUUGUUGUUUGAACAAUCGGAUUCUGAAAUAUAUGAAUUGUUUGAUAACUGUUUCCAGAAAGGUUUAGAUGUAUCAGCUGAUGGUACUAAUGUAGUCAUUUGGGAAGAUACACUCUUUUCAGUUGCUGAGAAAAGGCGAUAUUGCAAGAUACUAUUACAAAAAAUGAACUGUUCAAAAGUGAUGUUUAUACCACGAUGUCUUUUAUAUUGUAUUAGUAAUAAUGUAAGUAACGCUUUGGUAGUAGAGGUUAACUACCAUCAAAUUACAUGUGUUCCCAUAUAUGACUUACGUAUUAUUGAUGAACACCUUAGAACUACAAAGGGAGCUUUAAAUUGCUUCUCUCAAGACAAUAAUUUUGGUGUUACCGAUCAAUCUGUAGAGGAAAUGCAUGUUCAAAAUCUGUUUAAGACACCGAAAUCAUUAAAGAAACCCGACUAUGAUGAUGACGAACUUCCAAUUGUGAUACUUAUAAAAGAGCUUGUUAAGAGUUUACAGAUAGAUAUCGUCAAACCAUUAACCACCAACCUAUUCAUAACCGGUAUAGACACAAAACUAGAGAAAGUUAAUCUCGACUCUACUUCUCGAUUACCGCUCUAUGGUAAGGUAUUAAAUUCCACAAGUUUAUGGGAUAAUGGGUCAAGAUAUUCUCUUAGUUUGUUCAUGGAUGAGAAAAGUUUUGAACAUUUACAAAUAAGUCAAAACGACAUCACCGGUGAUAAUUUCACUAUACCUGACUGGUACGAAUUGAAGUUCAAAGGGCGCAUUAUAAAGGAUUAA